AUGGUGUGGCUGUUGCCUGUUGCCACAGCCAUUCCGACCAUUUUUGAGGAAUCCUGCGGCCGGUCCGGGCGCUCAGCAGAGGAUUUGGAGCGGCGAUAUGCCGAGUCAGUGACCCACCACCGGAAGGCCAACGGCGAGUUGCUAAUGGGCGACCUAUUGGGCGAGGUUGGCUCGCCUGAGCGGAAGCGGCGCACCACUGGUGCAGCGCUGGUCCCGCAACGUGCCGUGCUCUUCAAGGCCGUCGCAGAUUGGCUGGGCAUGAUUGCUUGCACCUUGCAGCGGCAGCAAGAAGUAACCCUGAACGUGGUGCAAGUGGGUCAAGUGCCUUGCGUGGUCGAUUUGCUGUUUGACCCUGGGGCACUUUACGAAGAGCCUUCGCCCAAGUCGCAAGAGUAUCGGCGGCUACUCACGCUUGUUGGACAGCAAAGAGCACUGGAAGCCCCGUCAGCUCGCAGAGACCUUGCUGGGUACAUGCCUCGUCCGCCUUGGCAUGUGGAGCCUUGGGAGCUGGAAAUCUCUCGCGGGGAGCGAAUUGGUCGCGGUGGCUUUGGGGAAGUGUUUCACGGUCGCUGGGCCGGAGUCCGAAUUGCGGUGAAGGAGAUGAAGGACAACUCACCCAAUGAUGGUGAUGUCAUGGACUUUUUCUUGGAGAUCGCCAUGCUGUCCCAGCUGAAUCAUCCUAACAUUGUACGCUUUUGGAGGGGCUCCACUGAAAUGCAUGCUGGUAGCAGGAGCUUGCUCAUGGUCACAGAGUAUAUCAAGCAAGGUGGUCUGUCUAGACUCUUGCACGGUCAUGGUGGGCCGGCGUUGCCCGAUCCGCUGACCUUACCACAGUCCUUGUCCUUCGCUUUAGAUGUGGCCAGAGGAGUACAAUAUUUGCAUAGUCAGCGAAUCCUUCACUUGGAUCUGAAAAGUCCAAAUGUUCUUUGUGCACCUGUUUGGACUGCAAAGUUGUGUGACUUUGGGCUUGCCAAGAUGCGGGGAGAGGCAACCUAUGUGCAAUCCACCAUUCAGGGGGUCAGCCCAGUUUGGGCACCUCCGGAGAUGUUUGACCAUUGGAAUGGGGGAUUGACGGAGAAAGCGGAUGUGUAUUCCUUCGCUGUGAUUUUCUUUGAGCUUCUCACCAAACAGUUGCCCUUCUCUGAGAUUUCUGCCGCCCAGCUGCCGGCAGCCAAAGCAGCUGGUCAGCUUCCGAGCAUUCCACCCAAGGUGCCACCAGACUGUGCAGAACUGAUUUGUCAGUGCUGUGUGGCCGAUCCCUUGGCUAGACCUUCCAUGAGUGGUGCAGCAGCUCGAGUCAGGGAAAUUGCGCAGAGCCACGAGAUCCAACUGUCAGAUGUCAAGCCACCGGCUGCCCUCCUGCGCUUCGAUGACGACCAGGAGCGUCGGGUCCAAGAAGCAGAGAACGCUGCAGCGAAGAGGCUCAUCGAGGUGGACAAGCAGCGUGCAGUUCUCCGGGUCGAGCUGGCAGACUUGCAUAAGAAGAUCGAGGACCUGCGGAAGCGCACAGCAGAACUCAGCGCCCAGGGCGUGCCAGCUGGGUAUCAACCAGAAUCUGCUGAAUCGGACACCACAUGGUGUGAGCCCUUUAUUCAAGAGGUUGAUGGCAUGAAGUUUCGCUGCAUGCUGUGCUCCAAACUUUUUCGAGGUCCUGAGUAUGCCAAGAUGCAUUUGGAAGCAAAGCACCGUGAAGAAGCAAGGCGGAUCAUUGAGGACAAGUAUUUUGAUUGUGAUGUGUCGAGGGAGGACGCGAUGCCUUUGCAUCGUGCCAUGGGUCAUGGUGGCACCGCACACCGAAAAGGGCUGGAAACAGAGGUGAACACAGAGCAACGGGAGAGCUGA